UAUUAAAUGACAAUUUUUCUUUUAGAUGAGAAAUAAAUUAUACAAACAUCAAACAACAAGCAAAAACAUGCAAAACAUGUUGGCUAUGAGCAUGAUAGCUUUGAUUAUCAUCCUAUCAAUAUUUAUACAAACAAAAGGAAAUGAUCUUGCACCGAUUCCGUCGUCGAUAGCACCAGAACCACAAUCAGAUAACCAAUUCUUUCUUGAUCCAAUAACUUGUAUUCACGAUGUGAAAACGAUUCCAAAGUGUAUGGAUGCUGUGUUGCACUUUCGAUUCAAGCAGGUCACAAAAAAGUGUUGCUAUGCCAUGCUCUCUCUUCCCGAAAGUUGUUUCGGGGUAUUGUUUCCUAUUCCUUAUGUCUACCAUCUUCUUCUUAAGGCUGCUUGCAAAAUUACUUACUCACCAUUAAUUGAUAAGAUUUUCUAAUAUUUUUUCAAUCAAUGUCAAUAACCUGCACUGAUAAUAUUUAUAGAAAUAUCAUUAUAAUUUAUGUACUAAUUUAACAUAUCUUGUGAAAUAAAAACUUUAAUAUCUUAA